UGGGGACCGCCCCAAUCCCCCUGCUGUUCUUCACCCUUAUCCCUGGGGUUGGGGUCUUGGAAGGGGCUUCCCUUCCUUUAUCCAUCCCCCCCUUUCCCCAUCCCCCCAUCCCAAACCUACCCCUAUUAAGCCCCUAAAUCCAAGUCCUAAGCCUGCCCGGAAUAGCCCUGCGGGAGUUGGCCGGCUCCCUGGCCGGGCGAGAGACUAAAUGGCUGGACGGAGGGAGGAGGGGGAGGCCAUAGGGAUGUUUCCGACCCACCUCUUCCUGCCAGAAUGUACUGGUUGGGGAGAACGUAACCUCCGCCGCCCAAGCCCCAAACCUGCGGGACUCCCGUGUCUGGUUCCCAGCCUCUAAUCCCACAGACAUCGCCUUCCAUUGCCACAGCUCUGGGAAAGCCAGCAGGGUGCCUCUUACCGCUCUGACGUUCUGUGCUUUGAUGUCCUGCCCAUCCGCGCUCCUCCCUCCAUGUUCUGAGAACCCUCCAGCUCGGAUGUCCAGUGUUCUAAGGAUCCCUCCCGCUGGGAUGUUCUGAGUUCUAGGAUUUAGCUGCUUGGCAUUGCCAAUCUUACCCAAGACAGCAAUGGCCUACAAGAAUGUGCUGAUCACUGGUUGCUCUUCUGGCAUUGGUCUGGCCCUCGCUGUGCGGCUGGCUAAGGAUGAGCUGAAGAGGUUCAAGGUAAUUGCCACCAUGCGGGACAUGGCAAAGAAGGGGCCCCUGGAGGAGAAGGCUGGGGAGACGCUGGAGCAGACGCUUCAAAUCCGGCCUUUGGAUGUCACCUGUGAAGACUCAGUUCGUCAGUGUGUGGCUGCCAUACCGGACCAAAGGGUGGACGUCUUGGUAAGCAAUGCAGGGGUGGGUCUGAUCGGCCCUCUGGAGUGUCACAGCAUGGCGGCCAUGCAGCGAGUACUAGACACCAACUUUUUGGGGCUGGUGCGGCUGGUCCGGGAAGUGUUCCCCAGCAUGAAGCGCCGCCGCCAGGGCCACAUUGUGGUCAUGAGCAGCAUCCUGGGCCAGCAGGGACUCCUUUUCAAUGAUGUGUACUGUGCUUCUAAGUUUGCUGUGGAAGGGUUCUGUGAAAGCCUUGCCCUGCAGGCCCUCAAGUUUGGGAUAAACAUUAGCCUCCUGGAGCCAGGUCCUGUGGUGACAGAGUUUGAGAAGAAGCUGUAUGAAGAGGUAGCCUCGAUGGACUUCUCCAAGGUGGAUGACGAAACUCGGGACAUCUUCCAGGGUUUCUACAUGACCUACUCAAAAGAUGUGUUCUCUGCCUUGGGCCAAACCCCUGAGGAGGUGGCGGAGCAUGCAGUGCAGGUGAUCGGGGCAUCCAGCCCUCCGUUCCGCUGCCAGACCAACAGCGUGUACACCCCGCUGACCACUCUGAAGCACGCAGACCCAUCGGGCCAGCUGCCCCUCAGUGCUUUCCAUCAGCUGGUCUUCCAGCAUGACCGGCUUUUCCGGGCCAGCCUCAGCCUCCUUAAGAUGCUGCAGUGGAGGAAGCGCCGCGACCUGGGCCCUCUUCCUCGACCUCCAGCCCCACCCUGACUCCCUGCCCCGAGCUCUGACAGCCCCAUCCACCUUCUUCCAACAGCCCCAGUGACCCCAGGCUGGUACUGAUUGUGGUGUGUGCGUGUGUGUGCGUGUGUGCACGUGUGUGUGGUCUUGAGGUCCUAAGACCUACCCACCUUUCACCUCUUUUUGGGUCACUGGAUGCUGUAGGGCCUCGGGAAUUUUGAGUGUGCAGGGCAGGCUGGCUGGUCCUACCCCCAAUUCCUACUCCAGAUGAGAGCACAUUUUCUUAGUCUCCUUGGCUGUCCCUCUCCACCCCCAAGUUCCUCCCAAAGGGCCAGGAGCUUGCCUCGAGGUCUGGCCCAGGUGACCCUAGACACCCUGAUGUUAUCAGCGUGAUGGCAGGGGCCUGCCUAGAGCCAGCACAAGCACAAGCACAAGCCUAGGGGAUCCAGGGCUCCUGGAGAGCGGUUGGCCCAGAAGUGAAUCCUUCCCCCUUCUAAUAAAUAUAAUAUGCAUGUCUGAAA